AUGGCCCGAUACAUCAUCCCAUCUGUGACCAUAUCAGCACUAUAUGGAGUUUACAAAUCCUUCUGGCCAGAUUCUAAUGACAGAAAUAAGAUUCUCUCGGUAGAAGACGCUGUUAAAUUACUCAAUGUCAAUGCAAACACCUCAGAAGCCCUUCGAUACAUUCAACACACGGAGAGCAAGGAGUUUCUGAAGACCUUGAACCCAGCUGCCAUUGCUCUCCUAGCUAGAUCCGGAUCAGAAUUAUGCAUGAAAAUACCGAUAAAGUCGUGUGUAGAUCAGAAAAUUGAUGUCACAGAGGCAUUGAGCAAGUUUAACCUUGGUGACAAAUGGAACAGCAGUAUAGAAUGGAUUAACCGAGUGGCAUGUCCAGAAGAAGAUCUUUCUUGUUCCGACGAGUGGUUGGUGAGGCUUCCAAGCCAAAUUGAACGGUUACGAAGGAUGCUACAGUUGCUGUUCUUAACCACAGAGAAAUCCUUCGACGUCUCGGCUAUCGAUGUCGAUGUCAUUCCAUUCUUGUUUAACGUCUACGCAGAAUUCUGCCAAUCAAAUGUGGACAUCGCGGUUCUCGCGAUAAAAAUCCUUUCAAAUAUCGUCGGUGCCGAUGAAAAGUACGCAAAGUCAAUGCUUGAUUCGGAGUGGCUACCACUGAUAAGCACAAUGGUGAUGAACGGGAGAAGUUUGAUGGAGCGAUUGUUAUCGCAUAAAGUAUGCCAGAACGCGCUGAGCUCUCUGAAAUCCAUCAACUACCGACUUUCAUCAGAUGUCUAUGAGAUGCAUUUACCGGAUGAGGAGCCAGAGUUUGACAUUGUCUUGAUCCAUGGACUCCGAGGAAGUGUGGCUUACACAUGGCGACAGAAAGACUCUGACGAGAACCUCUUAUCCUCAUGCUGGCCAAAAGACUGGCUCCCUCUAGAUAUCAAGAGACCAUUUCGAAUAAUAGGGCUCGAGUAUCCAUCCUAUAUUUUUCAUUUCACAGGCACACAACAGAGCCUUCAGAGUAGAUCAGAAAGGUUCAAAGACCAGCUGGAAAUAGCUGGAAUUGGGAAGCGACCCGUUUUAUUCAUCUGUCACUCAAUGGGAGGUUUGCUGGCCAAGAAGUUACUUAUUGACUCACCGGAUCUGCGAAAAAGCACAAUUGGAGUUUUAUUCAUUGCCACCCCACACAAAGGAAGUCCUGUUGCCAAUUGGGGAUAUUCAGUGUUCCAACCAACUGAAGAUGUGGUGAUGCUCAGUGAGAGUAAUGUAAAGAAUAAGAAGCUCAACGAAGACUUCUCAGCAGUUAGCAAAGAAAUUCCAGUAAUUGUGAGCAUGGUGGAGACGCUGGAGUCAAAUAUUAUUGCUAACGCCAAGAGCAUCGUCGUACCCAACAAGUCUGCAGUUUUCGAGCAAGGAGCGGUCUACCAUAUCGCUGAUGUGCAUCUGAAUCUGUGCAAACCAACACGUGAUAGUGCAUCCUAUGGAGUCAUCAUCAAUUUUCUUUUAGAUUGCUUCCGAGAAAGUGACAAAAAGCGAAAAGUCUAA